CCAUUAGAAAGCUGAAUUUUUUGCUCACUUUUGUCAUCUCCAAUAAUCAUUUGACUGGCAAAAUUCCUGACGUCUGGAAUGACAUACCAGAUGUGUAUGUUAUAGACAUGUCAAACAACAGUUUAUCUGGGCAGAUACCAAACUCUUUGGCUUCUCUGAGGGCACUCAAGUUCUUAAAGUUGAGCAUGAAUAAUCUUUCUGGGGAGCUCUCACCUGCCUUGCAGAAUUGUACAGUCAUGGAAACCCUCGACCUGGGAGAGAAUAAGUUUUCAGGAAAUGUUCCAGCAUGGAUAGGAGAAAAGAUGCCAUCUUUGUUGGUUCUAAGUCUCAGAUCAAACUUGUUCACUGGGUAUAUUCCGACACAACUGUGUGAUCUUUCCUCUCUGCAUAUACUGGACCUUGCAGAAAACAAUUUGUCAGGACCUGUUCCUAAUUGUAUUGGCAAUUUGAGUGGAAUGAACUCCAUUAUUACUAGUAUGCGAUAUGAGGGGCAACUGUGGGUGGUGGCAAAAGGAAGAGAUAUGUUUUAUGACCAAAUCCUUUAUCUUGUGAAUAGCAUAGACCUUGCAAGAAAGAUACCAGCCAGCAUUGGAAGCUUGCAGGGGCUUGAGACUCUUGACCUCUCAAGAAACCAGCUUUCUGGCACAAUCCCUCCAAGCAUGGCCUCCAUAACUGCAUUGAAUCACUUGAACCUUUCACACAACCACCUUUCAGGUCCAAUUCCAACAACCAACCAGUUCCAGACCUUCAUUGAUCCAUCCAUUUAUGAAGAUAAUGUUGGACUUUGUGGCCCACCAUUGCCAACCGAGUGCAGCACUGAUGACGAAUCCUCGUUACAUCUUCCUGGUGGAGGAAAAACAAAAAAAGGAGAAGCAAAUGACAAUCAAAAGCUUGGGUUUUAUGUCAGUUUGGCGCUGGGAUUUGUUGUAGGAUUUUGGGGAGUAUGUGGAACUCUG